AUGGUGGUUGACACCGCGUAUUACGACUUACUAGGCGUUGCUCCCGAUGCGAAAGCUAUAGAAAUAAAAAAAGCCUAUAGGAAAAAGUCUAUUCAAGAGCACCCCGAUAAAAACCCUAAUGACCCGAGCGCUACGGAGCGAUUCCAGGCUAUAUCGCAGGCUUACCAGGUCCUGAGCAAGGAUGAGCUGCGCGCAAAGUAUGACAAGUUUGGAAAAGAGGAAGCCAUCCCGAAGGAAGGGUUUGAAGAUGCAGCUGAGCAGUUUUCAAUGAUUUUUGGUGGUGAUGCUUUUGCUUCUUAUAUCGGAGAGCUGACUCUUCUGAAGAAUCUACAAAAGACCGGUGAGCUUAGUGCAGAGGAUGAACAGGAUGAGGCUAAUGAAAAGGCAAAGUCUGAAGAGCAAAAAGCUGAUUCGAAGGAUUGCAACGAUUCAAACAAUGCAGCAGAAACUUUGAAGAAACUACACAUAUCGGAUUAUUCAGAGAAAUCUCAAGACCAUGUUGCAGAGAGCACCUCUGAAAGACCUAAGAAAAAGUCAAAACUUGAAGUGUUUGAAGAGGAACAAAAAAUCGAAAAGGAGAAGAGUAUCAAGGAACUCAGCAAAUUGCUUAGUGACAGGCUCUCGAUUUUAACGGAAAGUGAAUAUAAUGCGGCUUGCAAGGAAUCAUUUGCGAAGAAAUUCGAGGAAGAAGCGAAUAUGCUCAAGAUGGAAUCGUUCGGUCUCGAUAUUUUGCACACUAUAGGCUAUGUUUACUGUGACAAAGGCCAAAUAUUUUUGAAAUCGCAACACAUCUGGGGGUUUGGGGGAGUUUUCCAGUCGAUCAAGGCGAAAAGCGGUGUGGUUAUGGACACCUUGAAGACCGUUUCUGCAGCACUGGACGCUCAAAAUACGAUGCAGGAGCUAGAGAAGCUGAAGGCGGUCGCCGAAUCAGAUGAGGUUCUACGUGAUGAUAAAGGCCAGGAAAUAGUUAAGCCGACGCAGGAAGAACUAGCUCAACUAGAGCAGCUACUAAUGGGGAAAGUCCUUUCGGCAGCGUGGCAUGGCUCCAAGUUCGAAAUCGUAUCUACGCUGAAGUCCGUCUGCGAUAAAGUUCUAGAAGAUACCCAAACUGACAAGAAGACUUUGAUAAGGAGAGCAGAAGCACUUGUUAUAUUGGGCAAAGUUUUCAAGAAAGCUUUCCGAUCGAAGGUGGAGCAAGAAGAAGCACAAAUAUUCGAAGAACUUGUGGCUGACGCUACGAAGAAGAAAUCAAGGCAUAAGUGA